CAAACACACACAACACACACAGAGAGAGAGAGAGAGAGAGAGAGAGAGAGAGAGAGAGAGAGACAGAGAGAGAUAAACACUUAUUUACUCACUCACUCUCCUACACAGCUACACUUCCAUUACCAUUGUUCAUUCCAUUCCCUCACACAAAAUGCGACUCUUGCUGUUGCUGUUUCUUCUGUUACACUUCGAGUUCCUCUCAGCGGGGCGAAUCUCAGAGUACCGAGCCCUUCUCUCAUUCAAGGCAUCAUCCAUAAGCAAUGACCCAACCAACGCUCUUUCCACAUGGAACUCAUCCACCACAACCUCACACUGUUCCUGGUUCGGUGUCACGUGCGACUCUCGUCGCCACGUGAUUUCCCUCAACCUCACCUCACUCUCCCUCCACGGCACGCUCUCCGAUGUACUCUCCUACCUACCCUUACUCUCUAACCUCUCACUCGCCGAUAACAAGUUCUCCGGCCCCAUCCCGCCGGCGGUAUCCUCCCUCUCCGGCCUCCGAUACCUAAACCUAUCCAACAACGGCUUCAACGGAACAUUUCCUUCUGAACUCUCGCGACUCACUAACCUCGAAGUCCUCGACCUCUACAACAACAACAUGACCGGUGUUCUUCCCCUCGCCGUCACCCAGAUGCCCAUUCUCCGCCACUUGCAUCUCGGCGGAAACUACUUUUCCGGCAAGAUCCCGCCGGAGUACGGCGGCUGGGAUCGCAUCGAGUACAUCGCCCUCUCCGGAAACGAGCUCGACGGAGCUAUACCGCCGGAGAUCGGAAACCUGACUAGCCUCCGGGAGCUUUACAUUGGGUACUACAACACCUACGACGGAGGCAUCCCGCCGGAGAUUGGGAACUUGUCGGAGCUGGUGAGGCUUGACGCCGCUUAUUGUGGUUUGUCCGGCGAGAUACCGGCGGAGAUGGGGAAGCUUCAGAACUUGGACACCCUGUUUCUUCAGGUGAAUGCGCUUUCUGGGUCUCUGACACCUGAGCUCGGGAACCUGAAGAGCCUGAAAUCGAUGGAUUUGUCGAACAACAUGCUCGCCGGCGAGGUUCCGGCCAGUUUUGCGGAGCUGAAGAACUUGACCCUUUUGAACCUGUUUAGGAACAAGCUUCAUGGGGCGAUUCCUGAGUUCAUUGGAGAGCUUCCGGCUUUGGAGGUGCUUCAGCUUUGGGAGAAUAACUUCACUGGGAGCAUUCCUCAGAGUUUGGGGAAGAAUGGAAGGCUUACUUUGGUUGAUCUUUCUUCAAACAAAUUAACUGGGACUCUUCCACCUGACAUGUGUUUUGGGAAUCAUCUUCAAACUCUGAUAACUCUUGGGAAUUUCUUGUUUGGUUCCAUUCCUGAUUCGCUUGGAAAGUGCGAGUCUUUGAAUAGGAUUCGCAUGGGAGAGAACUUUCUGAAUGGGUCUAUACCAAAAGGCCUUUUUGGGCUUCCAAAACUUACCCAGGUUGAGCUUCAGGACAAUCUUCUCUCAGGGCAGUUUCCUGAAUCUGGUUCCAUGUCUGUUAAUCUUGGUCAGAUUAGUCUCUCCAACAACAAGCUUUCUGGGCCGUUGCCACCCACCAUUGGGAACUUCAGCAGCAUGCAAAAGCUUCUCCUUGAUGGCAACAAAUUCUCAGGUCGAAUCCCUCCUGAGAUUGGGAGGUUGCAACAGCUCUCUAAGAUAGAUUUUAGCCAUAACGAGCUCUCGGGUCCUAUUGCUCCUGAGAUCAGUCAAUGCAAGCUUUUGACUUUCGUUGAUCUUAGUCGUAAUGAGCUCUCUGGUGAGGUUCCAAAUGAGAUCACUGGUAUGCGGAUAUUGAAUUACUUGAACCUUUCGAGAAAUCACUUAGUUGGUCCCAUUCCAGGCUCCAUAGCCUCCAUGCAAAGUUUAACUUCUGUUGAUUUUUCAUACAACAAUCUCUCUGGUUUGGUUCCUGGUACUGGCCAAUUUAGCUACUUCAACUACACUUCUUUCCUUGGCAACCCUGAACUCUGUGGCCCUUAUUUGGGUCCUUGCAAAGAUGGGGUUGCCAACGGCCCUCGCCAACCUCACGUUAAAGGCCCGCUCUCUUCUUCUUUGAAGCUCCUUCUGGUUAUUGGGUUGCUUGUUUGCUCCAUUGCAUUUGCUGUUGCAGCAAUAUACAAAGCUCGGUCACUGAAGAAGGCCAGUGAUGCUCGUGCAUGGAAAUUGACCGCGUUCCAACGUUUGGACUUCACUGUUGAUGAUGUUUUGGAUUGCUUGAAGGAGGACAACAUCAUAGGGAAAGGUGGUGCAGGCAUUGUUUACAAGGGAGCAAUGCCAAUUGGGGAUCAGGUUGCUGUGAAAAGGCUACCAGCUAUGAGCAGAGGCUCUUCCCAUGAUCAUGGAUUCAACGCAGAGAUCCAGACAUUGGGGCGAAUUCGACACAGGCACAUCGUUAGAUUAUUGGGUUUCUGCUCAAACCAUGAGACAAAUCUCUUGGUGUAUGAAUACAUGCCUAAUGGGAGUUUAGGUGAAGUACUUCAUGGUAAGAAAGGGGGUCAUUUGCAUUGGGACACCAGGUAUAAAAUUGCUGUGGAGUCUGCAAAGGGCCUUUGCUAUCUACAUCAUGAUUGUUCACCACUAAUUGUCCAUCGAGAUGUGAAAUCAAACAAUAUCCUUCUUGAUUCCAAUUUUGAAGCCCAUGUUGCUGAUUUUGGGCUUGCUAAGUUCCUGCAAGAUUCUGGAACAUCUGAAUGCAUGUCUGCUAUUGCCGGUUCAUAUGGAUACAUAGCUCCAGAAUAUGCCUACACAUUGAAAGUUGAUGAGAAAAGCGAUGUGUACAGCUUUGGAGUGGUUCUUUUAGAGCUUGUAACAGGAAGGAAACCAGUUGGAGAAUUUGGUGAUGGUGUGGACAUUGUGCAAUGGGUCAGGAAAAUGACGGACUCAAACAAGGAAGGAGUUCUAAAAGUUCUUGAUCAUAGACUUCCCUCAGUUCCACUUCAUGAGGUGAUGCAUGUUUUCUAUGUAGCCAUGCUGUGUGUUGAAGAACAAGCUGUAGAGCGACCAACCAUGCGUGAAGUUGUUCAAAUUCUCACCGAGCUUCCAAAGCCACCUAGUUCCAAACAGGGAGACUUAACAAUCACAGAAUCUUCUCUGCCAUCAUCAAACAGUUUAGAGUCUCCAACCACAGCAGCUAAAGAACCUAAAGAUCAUCAACAUCCUCCUCAGUCGCCACCACCCGAUCUUCUUAGCAUUUGAAGUGCUUAUGUUGGGGAUGGGGCUGUUUCAUAUCUUUAUUUCCUUUGGAUUGUGAUAGCUUAUCUACUUGCUUUCUUCAGUUUUUCUUUUGGGGUGGGGUUUUGUCUAACUUUCAAGGUGUUAAUGUUUGAAUAUUUCUUCUCUCUUUCUCUCUCUCUUUUAAUGGUUUUGUAAUUUGUACA